ACCACUCUUUCUCCUCUCCCUCGAAGAGAGAGUGCUGGAGCUAAGCGCAGCCAGGCCAAGCGAGCUGCCAUCCAUGCUCAGCCUGCGUGGGGCUGAUGCAGCUGAGUGUUCAGUUGCUAGGGACCGAGUAGGCUUGGGAGCGAACGCGCCAGCUAGUUCCCAUGCAGGGAAUGGGGACCUUCCGGCUGGGGAGAAGGACUGUGAUGUACACAGUGGAAACCAUCCCCAAAGGGAAGAAUCGAGUGCUAGGGACCAUCCAGAUCAUGACUGGCUUCAUACACAUUAGCUUUGGGAUCAUUCUCAGCACCUUGACCAGUGUAUAUACCUCAUACUUUGUGUCUGGAGAGAUCCCCUUCUUGGGAGGAGCAUCCUUCAUUGUCUCCGGAUGCCUCACAAUUGGUGCUGAGAAGAGCCCUACAGAGUGUGCAGUGAAAGGCUCCCAAGCCAUGAAUAUCAUCAGUGCCAUCUUUGCAUUACUUGGAAUAUUGACUUUUAUAGUAGACCUGAGCAAAAAUGGGUCAUUUCAUUACGAUGAUAAUCAUCACUAUUCUCUGGUUAUGAAGACAGGCAACAGGAUUGCCAUUGUAUUGCUGACAUUCACCAUUGUGGAAUUUUGCAUCGCAUCUGCCACUGCAUAUUUUUGGUGCCGGGCAACCCGUUCUGAUUCCAAUGAGGCCAUAUUGAUUGAACCGAACACCAUCAGGACAGAUACUGAGGCCGCAUCUGUAGAAUCAUCAGCAACCCAUCCACCAAAUUCCAAUGAUGUAAGUUACGAUUUAAAAGUAGAGACUGUGUAGAAGACUCAAGAGGAGGAAUCUGUAUGGAGAAAUCACACCAGCUGCACCUAUUUUGAGGUGUCAACACUGGACCUUUCCUGCAUGACAGAGUUCCGUCAAUUACUGCCAGUAUUCCAGCUGCCAGGCCAGUGAGGCCAAAGGGACCAUCUCUCUUCUUUCUCCAGUACAGUCUCAGUUUUAGACUGUGGCUAAGAAGCAUGCGGCUUGAUAUGCUCUGCCUUGGACUAGGAGGUAACAUUUGGACUCCUCUUUUUUGCAUAGGCCGUUUAUGGAGCUCACCAUGAGUUUGGCACAUGGAUUAUUAACAUGUUAAAGUGUGUUUGAAGACAGUGUAGUCUUGGGGGUGGUCACAGGACAGCAGGAGACCCAGAGAAGAACGCGGAAGGGAAGCAUGUAGGAGCACGGGCAAGUCAUUAGUGUGUUUUUUCUGCCUCUGGCUGGCUCCAUUGGUGACCCUGGUGCAAAAUGUAAGAGAAAACAGUAUGUGGUGUUGAUUUGGAUGGCUCACUGCUCAGGGCUGCAGCGAGUUCUUAAAGACUCUCUAGGAAAGUUGAGCCUCCUGAGAAGUAGGCAGCAUAUGGGACUGCCUUGGCCCCAAUCUCUACAUUUGUCCCCCUCUGCACCUCCAAAGCAUGGGUGCAUUGUAGAAAGCAGCUCAUGGGAAUCAAUUUGGAAAGCUGAUUGGUCAUAGGAAGUUUCAUCAACAAUGCUGAGUUUUAUUGAGUGCUGCAUACUACUGCAUUUAUUUCAGUUAAGUGUACAUACAUAUCCAUUAAGAAUAUCCAUAGAACAACUCCUGGGAAAUUUUCUCCUAGUUUGUCCCCUAGAGGGAUCCUUCACACUCUCUUUGUAUAGCUUGCAGGUAUGAUGAGCUUAAAGCAGACACGGUAUACAUUCCGGAUUAUUGGCUCCUCCCCUAGCAUUAGUCAUUCUGGAGCUGGAAACUGCCAUCUAAUACCUGGAGGUAAGAUAUGAUGUCCAUUGUUAGUGGACGUCAGAGAACUUUUGGCAACAUUUCGCACUGAUUGAUUUUCAAGGUAGACCUCUAGCAUUUCCUCAUACUCUUCAAGGUCAACCAUGGCACUUGAGGCAGGCCCAGGAACAAGAGGCACAAGUGGGACUAACCUGAACCUUGUUAGAUGUGCUUAGAGUCCCACUGAACUGAAUGCGACUUUAGUGUGCCUAAUGGAAUGAAGGAUUGCAAGACAGCCGAACAUGAAAUCCUCCUGCUUGGGCGCUAUUGAAAUGAAUGGGAGCUGCACGAGAAGAUGUGCAGUGCUCUUGAGCGGCACCCAUUCAUUUCAAGAAGGCUUGAGAAAGAGGGAUUCCUGGUCAAUUGUGCUCUUGGUCUCCAAGAGUGCUGGGCUGGGUGAUUGCUGGUUUUGUUCAGGGUGGGUCGGGUUAUUGACUGCAUACUGUGUAAGUAGCAAGUAGUGUUUUUUUGAUAUUUUGUAUUGUUGUUAUAAGGAUCUGGGAAUGGCUAGGUCGGAAUCCAUUCCGCUGGCUUCUGAGCAUCUUGGUUAAUGUUUCUUCAGAGCAUGUUUUCAUGGGGAAUUUCUACUGACUAUUUAAUGCCUGUCUGUGAAACAGGGAUACCUAAUACUGAGUGGCCUCACCGAGGUCUGAAUCUUGUAGCUGUUUAUAUGGUCCUAGACGAUUUUAGGUUUUAGAGUCUGCAGCUGAUUCACUCUUUCUAGGUUUGAUCUUGCUUUUCAUGGGUAUGAUUUUUUUUAAAUGAAAAUAAAUUAUGUACCUGAAACAACA